UGUCUAUCCGGCGUCUAUUCGUAUUGUUUGAAUGCAAAUGAGGUUUUGUAAUUCGAGCAAUCGGCGAUCUGUCUGCCCCGGCUUAUCAGUUAGCACCCCCAAAGUGAUUUCCAUUGGGCGGCCCCAUUGCAUCAUCUGCCAUGUGUACUGAGGGCAAUUGUAGCGCCGAUCGUGACCUGGCAAAAUGAAUUGUGCACACACAUCGCAAACACUUUCACUCUCACUUGGAGGCAUACUUGGGCCAGCCGGCUGCUCCACUCAAUCGCAAUCGCAAUCAUUUGCAAUUCGGUUAAAGAUGCUGUCACCGCUGCUGCUUCUGCAACUGCUACUGCUGCUGAUCCCUGUCCACGGCUACUAUCAUGAGUACCGCUACUGGGAGCUGAAUGAACCGCCGCCCAUUUGCUCCGAGUACGAGAUGCUGAUUGUGAAUACGCGCCAAUGUGUGCGCCGCUGCAAUAUUGUCUGCCAGCGUGGUGUUUGCUUUGAGGAUGGGCCAUGUCCCUGUGCCGACCAGUACCAGAGCGCCUUCAAGGAUGGUCUGGCUUGCGCCGCCGAGUGCCUGCCCGGCUGCCAGCUGGCAGGUGGCCAUUGCGCCGGCCCCGAGCUGUGCAUUUGCCGCAAGAGCAAGCACUAUUACUACGAUCCUGUGGCGCGACGCUGUCGUCGACGCGCACUCCGUCUGCUGGAUCUGUGUGGCGGGCGCUGCAUUCAUGGCCGCUGCUCGUACGAUGGCCGCUGCAUCUGUGCGCAGGGUUACGAAAUGCGCAGUACGUUGCUUCAUGGCGCCCAGUGCAUGCCAACCUGUGAUCACGAUUGCGGUCCUAGAGCCUAUUGCUAUGCGCCCAACAUGUGCGCGUGUCGGCACAAACAUUAUCACUACGCCUUCAACGGGAUAUGCACCAAGGAUUACUGAACUAGAUUUUAGCAACUAUAAUAGGGCUGUUUUAGGCCCUUCUUAGUCCGAAUUUUAAUUAAGUUAAAGUUAUUAAGUUUUACAAAAAUAUCUACACAAUAUCUAAAAUGAAAAGUAUCUCUUUUUCGUGUUAUGCGCAUAUCAGUUAAAGCUCUGUUAAAACGCAAAUGCCUCACAUUUAUUGUACAGCGCAAUAACAGGCAGAGAGUGAGAGCGAGAGAGAGAGAGAGAGAGUGAGAGCAAGCACGCUUUUCCGUUUUGGCGGCUGUGUAAUAAAAAAUUUAAAGGCGAA